AUGGUGAUUCAGAGUCUAAAUAGCCGAGCAGCUUUUCGCUCACAGGGAUCAGGUAUGACUCCUAAAGAGCUUUCAGAAAAUGAUGAUUUGGCUACUGGGCUUGUUUUGGAUCCCUAUCUUGGCUUCUCUACCCACAAAAUGAAUCUUCGUUAUAGGCCACCCAAAGCCAACAGAGAAGAAUUAAAGCAAGCUGUCAUAGAUUUCAUUGAGCAUCAAGAUUAUGAGAAAGCAUAUAAACAACUGACAUCUAGUGAUUAUGUUUGGAAUUUUCUAGCUAACAAGAACAAACAGCAGCAAAUGAAUGUCAAAGAACAUAUUGUUCGUUAUUUGGGGAUGUUCCAUGAAUCAGCAGGCUUCACCAUUCAAGCCUGCUUUAGGUAUUCCAUGGAGGGACAAAAAGGAGCCAAACUUUGCACCACCAAAAGUGAUGAUGACCGGAUAAUUGGAGAUAAACUUUCACCACUUAUUCUAUUUUUCUGUACUGCUAGGUACAAAAAUGAGCAGAUUUCUUUGUUAGUUGGAUGCAUAGCUGAACUGAGUCCUGAUGAAGAAACUCAGUUGUUGCACCCUGGAAAGAAUGACUUCUCUGUAAUGUAUAGUUGCCGUAAAAACUGUGCACAGCUUUGGCUUGGACCAGCAGCAUUUAUCAAUCAUGAUUGCCGUUCUAAUUGCAAGUUUGUUGCCACUGGUCGCGGAACUGCCUGCGUUCGAAUUUUAAGAGACAUUGAAGCUGGUGAAGAAAUAACAUGCUUUUAUGGUGAAGACUUCUUUGGCGACAACAAUUGCUUUUGCGAGUGUGAAACUUGCGAAAGACGUGGCACAGGUGCAUUUGCUAAAAAUAAAAAAAGCAGUCCCGAAGCAACCGCAAAGGAAGAGCGAUACCGACUCCGUGAAACACAUUUGCGACUGAGUCGCGUGAAAAAGCAAACAGACAAGGAGCCGAUUGUGUCGCUGACGGGACGCUCUUCUCGAAAUCCACCCACCCCGGUGCCAAUAGAGGAUAGAGAUACUGUCCCAAGAGCACUAGACGUCAAAGAGCUAAGACGUAAAGGGCUCACUAGGUAUGAUGCUGAGUUGCUGGUGGCUCAAGGUUACGCUAUAUGUAAUGAGAGUAAAACUAAUAGUGAAGAAAACAGUGGUAAUAGUGGUAGUGCAAAUAACCACCAGGACGCGAAAGUAGUUCCUGCCACAACUCGUGUACGUGCCAAACGUCGCCGCCGAUCACAAACUUCAAAGGAAAUGAACGGAACAAAUAUGGCAACUACCCCACAUAAAAAUGUUGCCAGUCAUAGCGUUGAGCAUAAAAAACAAAGCACUGGAGCAGUAAGAAGCUUACGUUCUCGCACGGUCCGCGGUGUCGAGAGUGACGUGGUCCAAAAUACCGCCUUGGAAGGUUCUCAACCUGUCAAUAAUGAUGUAAAACAAUCCGGAAUGCGUUUACGAAACAAAAAAACCCUUGAAACAGCAGCACCGACGGAAACACCUGCUGUAGCCUACCCCGUUGCCACGACGGAGACCGAGUGCGUCAGUCACGAGAGUGAUGUUUACGAGUUCACCGAUUUCGAAAACGAUAAUGGACUUCAACGAGAAAGCCCGCCAGUGCCAGAGAAAGAAUCUACCACGGAAGAGAGGAAAGCUCGAUCAGCUACUCCUCCUCCGCCAUCUUCGCGUGAGCUUGCAGCUCACCAACCAGCGUUGAUGACGUCACCAGGUGGACGUCUUAAGCUGACACUUCGGAUGAAACGCAGUCCUGUCCUGGACGAAGUCAUUGAAUCCGGUAGCAGUAUGGGUGGUAACCACCAACAUCAACAGAAUAUGAUACCCGUUUACGAGGUCCUUCGAGUUGAAGGACUAGAAAUGGAUGGGGAAAACGAACAGGAACAAGCCCAUAAAAGCCGGGUACGUCGAAACCAAAGACGUAGGUCGCCAUCUUUAAUCCCCAAUUCAUCGAGAACGGGAGUGUUACCAACCACCAAACGAUUAAGACUGAUAUUUGGCAAUGAAUCGCACACUAUCGACCUACCUCCCACGAACUUUUCCUCAGUUGAGUGACCUAGUUCUUGUUCAUCCAGCAAGUGACCAAAUUUGGCCUAGCGACAUCAAUCUGCUAAAUUCGACAGUUUUAUGAAAUCGAGUGAUAAAUCAACCGAUAUAUAAGGAAAUGAAUAAGUUCAAUAUCAUUUAUUUCACAGCCAGUACUCAUACAUUCACUUGAUCUAUUUAAAUGUUUUUCUGUUCACCAACCAUUUCAUUUUCGGAUUCCAACAUGGCAAGCUGUAUCCUUCGGAAACUUACUGAUGUAUUCCCCUCGCAUUUGACCACCUUUUUAAAAAUGUCGAGUCACACGAUUUUAAUAUUUUCAUAUUUUUGUCUGCGCAGUAUUUCUCAAGUUUUGUUUUUCUCUUCAAAUUCAGACUAGCGCAGAUAGGAUUCGUUUACAAUUUGGCCGCAUCCUAGCUCCCUUCUCUUCCAAUUCUAUCUCGUUCCUAGUGACCUUUCUUCUUCGUCUAUCAUGCUUUAACUUUGAAACCAGGAAUUCUGCCCCUGCAUGUGUUCACUUAUUGGAGCCCCAGUAACACUUUUGAUGAGCGGAUCACCACCAGCAAUUCAGCUGUUAUUACUUGAGAUUGCUCCCGAUUCUACCAAGGGCAAAGUUUCUGCAAACGUGCCGUUCUUUUCAAUCUCAUCGGGUUCCUUAUUUUACCCCAUUAUUGAUAGUAGUAUCUAUUGAAGAGUACCGUGACGUUGAAUACAACUAUGGACGCAAGAAA